GGCGGAAGGUAGGGAGUGUUUCCGGGUCAGGCAUCAGGCGUGCGCCGUGGAAAUUUUGGGCUCAUGGUGCGGCGGCGGCGGCAAGCAGUGGCGGGGAAACGUGAGGUCCCUUCCGCGCUCCUCAGUCCGCCCUCCUCCUCGGAGGAUGAGGCCCCGGAGGAGGUGUCCUUUGGCGUGGCCAAAGAGGCGGCCGAGACCGAACGGAAACUCGUGGGCGAGGCAGCCCGGAGGCACCGGGAGCAGCUGAAGGAGAAGCGGCGGCGGCGCCAGGAGCUGUUCACGGAGCAGAAGAAGCGGAAGCUGCUCCCCGAGGCCGUGCUCCAGGAGUUGACCGCCGCGCCGCUCACACGAGCCGAUGAGGGGCAGGAGGCGACAGGUGACCCAGAUAAACAACAUGGAGAUGGGGCUGCAAAGAAGAGAAACAGACAACCUCAAAAGCAGGUGAAGAAAGACAAGGGAAGAAAGGGUGCCAGGUCACAAGGAAACUAUAAGGCUGUGUGCUUAAAAGAUCAGAGUGUAACAGGCCUCCACGAACAGCUCGCCAGAGACUUUGUGAACACUCAUCUCUAUGGAUCAGAUGCCAACCGGGCACAGGCAAAUGAAUUUUUUUCCAUUGAAAAUAAGAAAAAAGCAGUUAAAGCACCUGCAGUUCAGUUUGUGGACAAAUCUUGGGGGCAAGAAAAAAAGGAAAAAGCAACAAGGUUUAAAAAACGUUGGCUCGCAGCACAGCUUAAAAAUGGAGUAUGAAGACAGUUUUUUCAGAAGAUGCCAUUAAGGACUUUUUAACUGAGUCAGUCUUGCAGCACAACAAAGGUGGUUUUCCCCUGACUGCUCCAUCAUCACUCUCUGCUUUAGCCAACAGCCACCAGAAGGCAGUAACCUUCAGGAAGCAGUGCCCAAGCUGACUUCUAUUCCCUCCUCCUUUCAGCAGCAGCUGGGGCAGCUAAGGAACAGCUAUGCUGGGGCAGUGACUGGGUAUCCUUAAUACUGCUUCAGAACAGCUGAUGUUGCAAGUACAGUUGUACAGUUGCCUCUGUGAGGCAGCUCCUUCACAGAGAAUAAAGAUGAAUGAUCUGUUCUGGAUGCUGAAUUUCUUAAAACAGUCAAUUAUUCCUGUUUUUCCAGUUCCAGUACAUCACCAAAGAAAGGCUGUAUCCUAAUACCAGGAUCAUUAAGUCAGCUCAGGAGCAGGAUAAUUACUUUCAAGGAAUAAGUUUUUGUCUACGUUUUCAGGGAGUACUGAAUUAGCUUGUCUGUGACUGGACCUGUGAGCUGGGCUUGCUUUGUGGCACAAACCUUUUAACUUCUGAGAGCCCAGCCAGGGCCGUGCCCUGAGGUGAGGAAGUGCCCUGCCUGGCUGGAGAGGUCAGCCAGGAUGCUGAAGUCCUGGGUCUGCCCAAGAGCCAGUGCUCUAGGAUAGAACUCCUGAACCAAGAAAAUGUAGCAUACGAGUCCAUGCUACUGUGUAUGUAGAAGUAAGUUUUUAAUGGCUGGUUAAUUAUGAUAUCACUACAUUUUAUUGCAAUAUAGUACUAUUUAAGCACUUUUAAAAAUGCAAGGUGUACAAAGAUUAAAUUAAGACUGUAAAUUGACUAAAUAUUUGGUUUUUAUAUAAAUAGGUCAUAACCACACUGUGUUGACAUGUAAUACUGUUAUAAUACAACAGUUAAACUGGUGAGUCUACACAACAGAAGCUGUCUGUAGUUAAACAAGGAAACAAAGUUGAAAAGACCAUGUUAAAA